AUGAAUACGACAGAAAGCGAACUCCAACCAGGCUUCAGAAGGAGCUGUAUGACUACCAUCAAAGGACCUCGAACCAGAAGUGUUGUCACAUUUAAUCCAACAACAAUCAGUCCUGGGGAAGAGUUAUAUAUCAAUAUUCCGAAACUCAAACCUUCUUCUUGCUUAGUCCCCGGAUCACUUGCCUUUCUUUUUGACUUCAAGAAUUCCAACACAAAGAGCCGCUUCAGCAAUAACCUUGCCAAACUGCUAGCAAAACGUCUUCAGGUAAAGGUAGCCGGUAAGACUGCCUAUGACUGUUCAGGAGAAAGCUUAUUCGAAGUGUACAAAGACCUAUGGUUAACACUAGGUAGGAAAAAGAUGACUGAACAGGGCCUCGCAAGUGAGAAUCUCAGGAAGUUAAUAUCAGGCGACGACACAGGGGUAAAGGUAGGUGAUGCCGGUAAAGUAGCAGAUGCACUUCUACACACUAUAUACGGCUCUAAGCUGAGAAAACGGAUUGACAAAAUAAUUGCCGAUCAUGGGCUCUAUGUACCAUUCUUUAUGAAUAACAAUCCAAUGUACAUCCUUACACUCCCACAAGCAGAUGAGAUUAUGACUGCACAAGGAGGUAAACAGGUAGAUGGAUACAAACUCGCCAAUCUUGAGUUAGAAUACGAGACCAUUGAGAAUGACACCCUUACAAGUGAAGUAUCAAGGAUGUAUUCCACAGGCCGCUCACUGUCCUACAAACAUGUUACACUAAUGCGUACAAGUAACUGGGACAAGGAUCUUACCAUUGUCAAUGCGAAUAUCAAUAUCCCCAGAAAGAGCAUGUCAGCAAUUGUCCUCCUAUUUACCAACAGAGUGAGAACUGAUUCAGAAGAGUACAUUUACCCAAACAUUGAUAACGUCAACGUAACCAUUGAGGGGGUGCCAAAUGCGGUCUUCUCCCAAGGUCUCCCCAAAAACAGGUUCUUCGAAGAGGCAAAAAGAUUCUUCUGCCCAAUGUGUGAGAAAACAAUGGCUGACGAAUUUAUGUCCAUCAGCAAGUUCUUCAGCAAUGGUUUCGCUCUGGUGAUUGAUCUUAGGUCAACACAGGAUGACACCACUGGGGGAGGCAAGAAGAUAGUUAACACACAGUCAGGCGUAUACGUACUCCUGGAAAUCAAAAAGAGAGCCACAACAUCUGACGUUCAAUGCAACAUUUUUGUUGUAUCAGAUGCUCUCCUAAACUUUGCCAAUAGAGAUCUAUCAAGUAUUCAAUACUAA